AUGGACAACACAUCUGUAACAGUAUUUACCAUGACUGCGUAUGCUGUCAUGGAAAAUAACAAGUACCUGCAGUUUUCAAUGUUUUUGUUGUUGUAUAUUUUGAUAAUCUCUUUCAAUUUUCUGCUGAUUGCUGUGAUAUGCUGUCAGAGAGCUCUGCAUCAACCUAUGUACGUGUUCAUAUGUAACUUAGCUGCUAACGGACUAUACGGCAGCACUGGAUUUCUUCCCUCGACUCUGAUUCUACUUUUGUCUGAGACAUAUGAGAUAUCGUUGCCAUGGUGUCUAAUACAAAUCUAUUGGGUGCAUACAUAUGCAGCGGUUGAAUUUCAUAUUUUGGCUGUCAUGGGAUAUGACCGGUAUGUUGCCAUCUGUUAUCCACUACAUUAUCACAGCAUCAUGUCUAUUCCCAAGAUGUGUAAACUUAUUGCAUUGGCAUGGCUAUAUCCCUUUUCUCUCUUUCUGAUGUACUUCUGCUUUACUUUGAGAUUGAGGUUUUGUGGGAGGUUCAUACAUUUUAAAUUGUUUUGUGUCAAUUUUGAAUUGGUGAAAAAUGCGUGUUCUACUACAUCUUACCAUAGUAUUGUAGGACUUGUGCUAAUAGCUUUCAUUAUGAUCCCACAGCUCUUCAUGAUUAUAUUCUCAUAUGCACACAUUUUCAGGGUCUGUCUGAAAUCCCCAAAAGAAUCUCAGGUAAAAGCACUGAAAACGUGCAUCCCUCAUUUACUUUCAGUAAUAAACUACUCUAUUGGAGGGCUUUUUGAAAUAGCUCAAAGUAGAUUUAACAUGAGUGGGACAUCUUUUAUGGUUCGGAUCAUCAUGUCACUAUACUAUACAUUGCUUACACCAUUGAUAAACCCUGCAAUUUACGGAAUGGCCAAUCAAGCCAUCAGAAUGCAUGUCUUAAAAAUAUGCCGUGUGUCUAACAGGUUGGCCUCCUGUUGA